UCUGGAGGACGCUGAGAAACACUUCUUCUUCUUCUUUUUCUUCUUCUUCUUCUUCUUCUUCUUCUCUGGUUGGAUUUAAUUUAUUUUAACAGAAGAAGACGGACAAACACAAAAGAUUUCCUCAAAGCCUGAAAUCAUCAAAUGUCAACAAACUCCUCUUGAACUCAGAGCUGGUCUUUUUCUUUCUGGAACAACAAUACAACAACUCCUCCUGGACGAUUAGCGGUUAUUUUGGAUAGCAACGAUAUGUGAAAUUAACUUUAACACAUAUAUAUAUUUCUGUUGUAAACGCUGGAUGUCAGAAGUCUGAGCUAAAGGACAUUUCUGCAUCGUGACGCGUUGCCGGCAUCUUUCAUAAAACAAAUAUACCCAAAAGAGACACGUAUAUAUCGUUUGUUCAGCGUCGUCUAAUUGUAAAAUUGCAGGUUCUAGCGCUCGUUCUAAAACUAAGAAAAGUUCUACACGGUCUUGAAAUGUUGAUCUAGACUAACGUUGGGUUAUUAAGUUGUUUUAUCGCUCUCUUUGUUCAGCUCAGGCGUGAUUCGGUCUAUGUCAACGGUUUCUAAUCUGGCUUGUAGAGUUUGUUCUAAAGCGAAUAAAGAAGUUCUGGAAAUACUUCUACAUUUCCACCGGGGUUAGGCGGUUUGAAGAUGUUCUCUGGAGCUGUGAAAAUGGAUUCAGAAAAGAGUUCUGGCAACAAAUCCAGUUCCAGAAUCCCCUCCACACCCAGCCUUGUUUUCUUGCUGCUUCUCGCCUCGUGUUUGACGUCCAUCGCCCCCGUUGGAUCCCAAAGAACCGUCUCAUCGGACAUGUCAAACCUUCAUAGCACCGACCCGCCUCACAGAGAACCAAAUCUGCUCCAAGAAACCGCCAUCAAACCCCCGACCCUGCUGGAGAAAACAAAACCAAAACACAACAAGCUGAAACACAACAAACACGAGAGAAAGCAGUCCCUGAACGCCUCGUUGUUGUUGAAAAGACGCCCUCUGUCGCCCCCUAGCUGCCUAAAAGUCACCUCCAUCAACACCGCCUUCAAAUACAUCAACACCGUGCUUUCCUGUGUUAUUUUCGCCGUGGGGAUCAUCGGGAACGCCACCCUGCUGAGGAUCAUCUACCAAAAUAAAAGCAUGAGGAACGGCCCCAACGCGCUGAUAGCCAGUCUGGCUUUAGGAGACCUGAUCUACAUCGCCAUCGACAUACCUAUCAACGUGUACAAGCUGUUGGCGAUGACCUGGCCGUUUGCAGACAGUGUGUUCGGGCUGUUUCUCUGCAAGCUGUUUCCCUUCCUGCAGAAAACCUCCGUCGGCAUCACCGUCCUCAACCUGUGUGCUCUGAGUGUGGACAGGUACCGGGCGGUGGCUUCCUGGUCCCGGGUGCAGGGGACCGGUGUUCCCAUGGUAACGGCGUUGGGCAUCGGGGGGAUCUGGCUGCUGUCGGCGCUGCUCGCCGUGCCCGAGGCCGUCGGGUUCACCAUGGUUACCUUCGAGUACAGGAACGCUACCAUGAGAACGUGCAUGCUGCAGCCCAACACCCCCUUCAUGACCUUCUAUAGAGACGCGAAGGACUGGUGGCUGUUUGGGUUUUACUUCUGCGUUCCUCUGACCUGCUCGGCUGUGUUCUACGGACUCAUGACCUGCGAGAUGCUGCGGCACCAGAAGGGAAGCCUGAGGAUCGCCCUGAGUGAACACCUCAAACAGCGUAGAGAAGUGGCGAAAGCAGUUUUCUGUCUGGUUCUGAUCUUCGCUCUCUGCUGGUUCCCUCUCCAUCUGAGCCGCCUCCUGAAGAGGAACGCCUACAAAUCCCACGAUGCCCACCGCUGUGAACUGCUAAACUUCCUGUUGGUGCUCGACUACUUCGGCAUCAACAUGGCGACCAUCAACUCCUGCAUCAAUCCCAUCAUCCUCUACUUCGUCUCCAAGAAGUUCAAAAACUGCUUCAAGUCCUGUCUGUGUUGCUGGUGUUAUUCUGGCUCUCUCUCCAACAGCAUGCUGCCUCUGAACCAUGGAACCAGUCUGCAGUACAAACACACCGACCACUGAGAGCCCGUUUCUCCCACUGCACCUGAACUCAGCACCAACUACAUUGUGUAUAAAGGAUAACCACUAUAUUUAUCCUCUAAUGUUUAGUUUAUAUACAUUUUUAUUGUGUAUUUAUUCAGGUUUUUAUAUGUUUUAUAGACUUGUUAUGGUAUGGUGAUUUAAUAUAUGGCAAAACAUAUGUGGACUUACAUAUACAUGUUGUGUUUUUGGUUCAGUUUGUCUGCUUUUUAGCAGAAAUACAGAAAAACGAGUGCCUUAAUUGUAAUGAAACUUGGAAGAAAGUUAAAGCAAAGGUCAAGUUUACACAUAUUACAAUUUGGAGCCAAUCAAGAUCACAGAAUAUUAAGAUGUUUUGGAAAUAGUGUAAGUUUUUCAUGUUUUAUGUCAGUUAUUUCUGUGUAUUUUCCACCUUAUUAAAUGUUUUAAAUAGAGGGAAAUACAGGCAGACAUGCAGGGCAUUCAUAAGCAACAAGACAUACAUCAAAUACAUUAAAUUAUAUUAAUAAAAUGUUAAAAUAUGCAUCA